GUCCGUUUUACUUAGUCAUUUGUGGCGUUUAGGGACCAAUUUAAAUCUUUGGAAUAUUUAGCACAUAAACCCGACCUCAACCUCUCAUUCAAGUUAUGGCAUUUUUUACGACAAAUUUUAGACAGAUUAUUUUCAUUUGAAGAAAUGUCAUAUUAAUCGGGUAUUUCUUGUCGCACAUCACGGUAGUUUCUACUUGGGGUUGUUGUUUUUCGGGAAGACACUGAAUGUUACAAAAAGAAGAUGGCGGCUCCCUGUGGAAGGGUGGCAAGUCGGCCUCUGCUGUGUUUUCUUUCACAUUAUGAAAGGACCCCGGUGGCAAACUGUGGAUUUCGUCCAUUUUCCAACAGUUCGUUUUGCCGUGCAAUUAUGCGGCGCAGAUUAGCGCCGGAAACGCCGCGUUCCCCGUGGACUCUGAUGGCUGCGGUGUGUUUGCAGCGUCCGCCGGUCAUCUCGGCAGAUCUCAGUCCAUUGGAGCAACGCUUUGCUCGCAUGAUGCAGCAGAUGGAGCUGGAGAAAAGCAUCCUGUCUGACCACGAGCUGCGUCUUCUGGAGGACGCAGAGCGACUAAGGAGGAAGCAGGCGGACGAAGACGACGAUCACGACGACUACGAUGAGCGCAAGGAGCAAGAUAUCGUACUGACGCAGGACCUAGAGGAUGAGUGGGAGCGCAAAUUUAAGACAUUCAAGCCUGCUCCCAGAGUCAUGGAUGACGUGGAUAAGGACCUUAGCUCGUCGUUGCGCCUCUUGUCGGAAUCAUUGGUGCUGCUGUCAGAGCAGCAGGUGGGAAGCAACAAGCUAUGGCUGCUGCCUCAGGCUCAGUGGUGCCCUGGAGAAACAUUGAGAGACACAGCCCAGAGAGCGCUCGCCUCCAUCUCAGAACCUGCCCUCAGGGCCACCUUCCUAGGUCAGGCACCGUGCGGCGUGUACAAAUACAAGCUGCCCAAAGACGUGCGCAGCGACACCACAGUAGGCGCCAAGAUCUUCUUCUUCAAAGCCAUUCUGACAGGUGACGCCGCAUCCAAAGUGGAGCCCAACGGCGCCCUCAUGUGGCUGAACAAACACGAACUGCAGCACUUCCUGAAGCCUGCCUACAUGAUGAAGGUGGAGCGCUUCAUCCUGGGCCCGUAAUAUUGGGCACACAUUCAACUAAUCAAGUGUCUUUGUGCUGUCUUUCAUUGUACAAAUAAAACAUUUUUCCAUACAGUAACCAUUUUCCUUACUUUUUUCUGUUUU